GAGCACUGGAGACGGGGCCAAUAGAUCUGGGUUUUGUCCGGGGGGCUCUGGAUUUAAAGCUCUGUAAAACCACUUGUAGCUCAUUUUCCCUGUGACUUGCCGGGGUACAACUUCUUUCUCUGCCCAAGCUGUUAAAAACCUACAAUUUUAAUAAUAAGAUUCUUUUAGUUGCGUGACAGAUCCAGGCUGUCCUUGAGCAAAAAUGGAAGCUAUCAAGAAAAAGAUGCAGAUGUUGAAGUUAGACAAGGAGAAUGCCAUUGACAGAGCAGAGCAGGCUGAGACGGAUAAGAAGGCAGCUGAGGACAAAUGCAAGCAGGUAGAGGAUGAGCUGGUAGCUCUGCAGAAGAAGCUGAAAGGAACUGAAGAUGAGCUGGAUAAAUACUCAGAGGCUCUUAAAGAUGCCCAGGAAAAACUGGAGCAGGCUGAGAAGAAGGCCACUGAUGCUGAGGGUGAGGUGGCAGCUCUGAACAGACGCAUCCAGCUCGUGGAAGAGGAGUUGGAUCGUGCCCAGGAACGACUGGCCACAGCCCUGCAGAAACUGGAGGAGGCUGAGAAAGCAGCAGAUGAGAGCGAGAGAGGAAUGAAGGUUAUUGAGAACAGAGCAAUGAAAGAUGAAGAGAAGAUGGAAAUUCAGGAAAUGCAGUUGAAGGAGGCCAAGCACAUUGCUGAAGAAGCCGACCGCAAGUAUGAGGAGGUUGCCCGUAAACUGGUUAUUUUGGAGGGUGAACUGGAAAGAGCUGAGGAGCGUGCAGAGGUGUCUGAAGUUAAGUGUAGUGACCUUGAAGAGGAGUUAAAGAAUGUCACAAACAACCUGAAAUCUUUGGAAGCUCAAUCUGAAAAGUACUCGGAAAAAGAAGAUAAAUAUGAAGAAGAAAUCAAGAUUCUCUCUGACAAGCUGAAAGAAGCUGAAACUCGUGCAGAGUUUGCAGAGAGAACUGUUGCCAAACUGGAAAAGUCUAUUGAUGACCUGGAAGAUGAGCUCUAUGCUCAGAAGCUGAAGUACAAAGCCAUCAGUGAGGAGCUCGACCAUGCCCUCAACGACAUGACCUCUUUGUGACCUGCCCCUGUCUGGGGACACGGGGAGCUCCCACUCACUGUGUUUUCUCAAGCUUUUCUUGCCUGUAAUCCCUGUCACUCCUGUGCCACUUCACCUCUGGGGGAACUGAGCUCAAUAAAACAUGAUACCUCUACCUUUCAUCUUGCAGGGUUUACUUCUGUAUAGAUCAGCUCAAAUUCACUGGUGAUGACACCAAAAACACAUUCAGCUCCUCAUGUGGGGUUGGGCAAGACAUGGUCAGGAUGGGGCAGCACCUGCGUCUGGCAAACAACUGAAUUUUGGUGUUCUUUAGUCAGUGAAAAGCUUUGAGUGCAUUCAGUAUCUACUGGUGCUCCACCAGCCUGGUUAAAAACCUCCCAGUCCACUGAGAACCCAGCAGGAUGUGGCCUAUAAAUGACACAUUAAAACACAGCCUUUUCACAUUCCAUGAGACGUGUCCAAAAGCCUCCCUUAAGCACAGCAAUUAUAAAAAAGUGGCCCUGUUUUGAUG